AUUGAUGUCAGAUAUGCUUCAAGUAGCUAGUAAGGAUUAUAGAAAAAUGUAAUUGUGUCCUAUUAUUAAUUUUGCUUUCAUAUUUGAUGAACAUGUCAUUUAGGGUCAGAAAAGAUUUUUAAUGAUUCGUCCAUGGCUCGUCCCAAAGCAGAAGCUUCUCCUUUUGCACUUGGCGAUCAUCCUAGUUUUGUGUCCACCCUGAGGCGAUAUAGCUUUGAAUGUUCUAUGCUAUAUAUUCCUAUGGACUUUGCAAAGCAGAAUGGCCUAAUAAAUCGAAGUUGCGAGAUGAUACUCAGAUCUCAACAAAGGUCAUGGAAGGUAAGCCUGCAGAGCAAAAAAAACGAUGGUACUCACGUUUACCUUAGACGUGGUUGGCGUGAUUUCUGCAUUGAAAAUGGCCUAAAGGAAGGAGACACAUUCAGGUUUGAGCUGAGUAAGAAUGGAAAAGUGCCUAUUAUGUACUUCCAUAGAUUGCAAGGUACAUCCCCCAGAUCAAAUUUGGUAUCAAGUACUGGACCGUAUUUCGUUGCCACUUUUAGCAGAAAUAGUCUUAAGUGGUCUACAUUGUGUAUUCCUAAGAAAUUUGCAAUGUCGAAUGGUUUAAUUGACAUUAAAUGCUGCAAGAUAGUGAUUAUAGAUCCAAAAGGAAGACCGUGGUCGAUGUCACUGAAACAUAAGAAGCAGUGCCUCUAUAUUAGAGGAUGUUGGGGACAGUUUGCCAAGUCGAAUGACCUAAAAGAAGGAGAUACUUUCAAGUUACAGCUCAUAAAGGGAAGGAAUACGCUUACCAUGAACUUUUACCCGGUGAGUUCUGAUCAUGAGAAAGCAGUACAUGUACUGAAAGCUGGCCGGUCACACAAGCUAGCUGCUAGCCUAGCGGAUCAAAACUAGCAUAGACUACAAUAAUUAAAAAAUCUGCAGGCCUUUUGCAUCAAGUAUUGGUCUAAAAAGUUACUGCUCUUUUGUGUGUAUAUAUAGUAGACCACGCACUCACUUAGGCAUAUGACGGAUAUAUUUGUUUUUGCUAGCUCUGAUCCAUCUAUGUACACUUGUUUCUGGUAUUAUUUAUAUAUGUUUUUGCUUUGGUACUAUGAUGUAGUGAGAUGCUGCAAUAUG